UGUUUUUUUUUUUUUUUUUUAAAUUUGUUUUUGAUGAAUAAAAAUUGGAAUCCACUUGGCCCAUUAAACGCUAAACCGAAAUGCUGCAUCGUGCAAUAACCUAUUCCAAAACCCAGAUCCGGAAAGAUCACGAUCAUGGAGAUCGCCUGGUCAGUGGAUCGGAUACAAAUGAUGAGCGCAUGUGCUGGAUAUGUUUGACCAGCCAUGAGGAGAUGCCGCGUAACGAUUGGAUCCAUCCAUGCCGAUGUCGGGGAACCAAUAAAUGGGUUCACGAUACCUGUCUCAGUCGCUGGAUAGAUGAGAAACAAAUGCUCAGUCCGGAUUCGCCUGUUACGUGCAUGCAAUGCCGGACAGAAUACAUUAUUCUGAUGCCCAAACUCUGCCGUUUCGAUAGUCUAUUGCAACGCAUUGAUAAGUGGUAUGGACGACUGUGUCCCAGCGUUCUAGUGGGCAUAUUGGCGGCAACAGUUUACUUCUCCGCCGUAACCUAUGGCGCCCUAACACUCCUCGAGGUGGCUGGCUAUGACGCUGGCAUAGUUAUUCUGCAAGAGGAUGCAACAUUAUUGAUGAUUGUGUUGCCUGCCAUACCGACUGUGUUGCUCCUAAGUCGUUUAAUACGUUGGGAUGACCUUGUGAUUCGCUUGUUGCGUCGUCAACAAAGGCAAUUGCUGCCGCCAGAGCAUCUCGAUGAAGAUGGCAAUCCACUGCCAGGUGCCCCAUUAGGCGAUGCUUACUUCGAGGAACAGGAGCGUGAGCAUUCAAGUAUGGAUGUUGGCAACUUUGGAUCAUCAAUGCAUGUUGGUCGUGCCUCGGUUAAUUUCUGCAUAGCCCUCAGUUUGCCCACAUUUGCGGUUAUAUUGGGCAAAAUUAUGUAUCAGAAGGUGGAGAAUCGUUCCCUUAGCAUACUUUUGGGUGGCCUAACAUUCAUUGCCAUUAAGGGUCUGGCUGGGAUCUAUUUGCGGCUAUGUAAGCAUGCACAGAAACGUAAACGCUUCGUCCUGGACUUUACAGCGGACAACAUCUGGCGACUUAUGUCAAGUAAUCGUACGUCAAGACACAGAAGUCUUUAAGUCCUCUGCACUCCCCCACCUCCCCCCCCCCCUCGUGCCACAUGCAGCACAGUUGCACUCUGCUAACAAUUGCAUCAAAUAAGCUUUUUAGCAUGGCCAACUGGAAACGCAUGUAGGCAACACUUAGAUGAGAUUUUAGCCCUGCACAUACCCAUCUCCCCAACCCACCUUCCUUUUUUUUCCUGGAAAUAUAUAUCGACAAAUUAUAUGAGAAUGUGAAAAGAAUCAAUAUAGAAAGUAAUAAAAAGAACUUUGCACCACAUAACAAAA